AUGCCUAAAGCAUAUUUCGACCGUGACCCUAUAACCCUACAAGAAGGAAGCCACGUUGGUGCUCAGAUUGGUGGCAAAAUGGUUGAGCCCGAUGGAACGGAAUUUGUUACUGGGGACGUUGAACGGGUCAUUAUCUAUAAAACUCCAAAUUCCACUGUUGAGCUCAAGUGUACGCAAGAUGUCCAGUUUUUGCCUGGCGAACAGGUUAUUUUACAACAGCUCGAUCCUGUUAGUUAUGCUGCUAUAGGCAUGAAAAGUGGAAAGGAAGUUGAGUUUAAGGAGUAA